GGAAGUUGCCCAUAAAAAGGGAAGAGCCGUUGCAAAAGACAAAGCUUCCUGACAUUCACCCGUCCGUAUCCAGGAGUUAAAGUCUCUGUGAGUCUGUCAGCUGUCUGUCCCCAUGAUCCUCACAGACCACACAGCGAGCCAUGGCUACACAGAGGAGUCUGUGCUGCGGCCACACCCCUUCCACUCCUCUAAGAAGCGCCACUGCUGCCAUGGGGGUGGCGAUGGCUUCACCAUCAUCUCCACUUGCUUCUUCAUCCUCACCAUCGCCAUCACCGUCGCCCUCAUUAUCCAGAUCUACUAUGGAAGCCCUGAGGUGAUGCCCCAUGGUGCGGUGGCCACAGACGUGGAGGAGUGCAGUCGUGUGGGGGCGUCCAUCUUGGCAGCUGGCGGCAGUGCAGUGGAUGUGGCUGUUGCCUCAGUGAUGUGUCUCAUGGUUGUCCACCCACACACUGUGGGGCCUGGCGGGAGUGGUGUGAUGCUGGUACAUGACCACAAGAUGAACACCACCACUGUCAUAGACUUCCAGAGUGCAGUUCCCAGUGGCUACAACCACCAGAACCCCCCACCGGGCCCCACAGAGGCUAGGAGUGUGGGGGUGCCUGGGCUGCUGCGGGGCCUGGAGCAUGCACACCGCAAGUUUGGCAAGCUGCCCUGGGAGAAACUGAUCAGCCCAAGCAUUGACAUUGCGCGCCGAGGUUUCAACGUGUCGGCACAGCUUGAGGAUGCCCUGAAGAAGCUGAACAACACCAAGUCGAGCGGCGACACUCUCUUUCAGCAUUUUUUCUUCCCCAAAGGCCACAUGCUCAAAAAGGGAGACUUCAUCCAGAGGGAAAACUUUGCCGAACUCCUGGACAUUGUGUCAGCGCGAGGGGCAAAUACUUUUUACAGUCUGGACUUUGACCACGACAACAUCAAUGCCAUGCAGGCUGAGGGAGCCGAGAUCCAGGCCAGGGAUUUCAGGGCAUAUGAGGUGCAUGAGUUGCCCAGUGUGCAGAUGACCCUGAGGAACCACACCAUCCACACCUCCCCAGUAUUCUCAGGGGGAGCCCAGCUGCUGGCUGCCCUGCACCUCCUCAAGCAUGCCAACAUCACCACCACCACGCCCCAGCACCACCUCUACGACAGCUUCAUCCAGGCCAUCCGCAGGAGCUAUGCUUACCUUAUCCACUUGGGGUCUGGUGUGGAUGCAGGGCUGGUGAACAGGACAGAGAUUGAGACGGAGGACCUGGAUGCUGAGUUUGGUGGGGAGACAGACGCCCCGCUGCCCCGCCAACUCCUUGAGCAGGCUGGCUCUCCUGUUUCUGUGAUGGACACGUUUGACCAAUAUGUGGCCACUGUUGUAGGCCUGGGCACACACUUUGGCUCCCGCUACAUGACUCGCCAUGGCAUCCUCUUCAACAACCACCUGAGCAACCUGAUGGCCACGGCAGGAGCAGGCUAUGUCCCCAGCAGGCCUGUCACCUCCUACACCCCAGUGGUCAUCACUGACAUGAACCGGAUCUGUGGGGCAAGAGUGGUGCUGGCCAGCCCGGAGGUGGGGGCAGCAGUGCAGGUGGUGGGGCAGCUCAUCUUUAGGGACAGGCCGCUGAUCGAUGCCAUCAAGCAGCGCAGGGUGACAGUCAGUGCAGACAACAACCUGGUGCUGGUGGACGACUUGCGGAAUCACGAAGUGGCUCCAUUAUCUGGUGAUGUGAGAAACUAUCUGGAGGCGCAGAACAACACCCUGCGCAUCCUGUACCCCCCCUAUGCUGGUGUCAAUGGCAUCACCAAGGACAAGGAUGCCCUCACCUCCUGGUCAGACUCCCGAGGCGGUGGUGUGGCCCAUCGCCUGGAGCCCCCCGUGAAGCCCAAGCCAGAGGAGACGCAGACACCUCCUCCCACACCACCACCUGAGGUUGUCACCCCAGGGGAGCCAGUGAUGAUGCCCUAGUGGUUGGUCAGCAGCUCUGGGAUCCUCAGUGGGAGGUUUUUCAAGAAAAUGUCAUCUGCAUAUAUAUAUUAUCUUCAUUUUGAGUAACAUCCUGGAAUCAUUACCUUUGUUAAACUUUUUUUUCUCCAUCUCUCUGUUUUCUUGCUCUUGAUCUUAGACUUUUAUUUUUUAUUUUUUUAGCUUAUUUGUUACCAUCUUUCAAAUCCUCAUUCAUGUUUAUGUUGUGUAUAUCUGUAAUACCCUGAAAGUCAUCAUCCUUGUCAAAUUCAUCAAUCUCUUCUCUACCUCCAAUGUCUGUUUUCUUGCUACUUUCCCCUCUCUCUCUCUCUCUCUCUACUGUCUUUUAAAACCUCUUUCAUAUUUCUGCCAUCAUUUAUAUUUAUAUGUCAAAAUCAUCAAUCUCUUCUCUACCUCCAGUAUUUGCUUUGUUACCACUAAUCUUAGACUCUCCUUUAAUUGCAUGUUAAUAUCUUUCAAAACUUUCAUAUUUCUGUUAUCUAUAUGUCCACUAAACUUUCUGUAUCAGUAUCUUUUUCUUCCUGGUUGAUCUAUCUUAGAUUUAUUGCAAUUUUCUUUAGUCUCCUCUCUUUCAGAACCUUUUCUCACAAAAUAGGUUCUUGUACGAGCACAUGUAUAGCACAUGUAGUUGUAUCAAUGGUCUUGAGAUUAAGAGUAACAUCAGCCACAGUGGCAGUGAGUGUGUUGUGUUACUCAGUGACUGUUGAUUGUGACAACAUCCAGUGAUCUGUCCUGUUUUUAUUUUCAUUUUGUUAGGCUCUCUAGAUUACAAAUAGUUUUAUAACAAAAUGAUGUGGAUAUAUAAUUUUUAACAGGUUUUCUUUGUUAACCACUUUCCGGUGCUUGAUAUAAUUUUUAGGGUAAAGAAUUAUAUAAUUUUUAAGAUGUUAAUAUAUUUAUUGAAUAUCAGAGACAGUAACCUUUCAAACCUUUCAACCAUUGAGGUUGAAGGUAGGAGUUGUCUCUGAUAAACUAUAUUCAUGUGGUACUAAAAUAAACGUCUGGUAUAAAAUUUGUUACAUUACUUGGAUAA